UUGAUAGCACUGGACCGGUGCCACCUCUGUCCUCUGUCCACUGACCAUGAGUGGAGAGGAAAUGCAAGGAUGGACAAUAAAAAUGACCACGCCGAGUGUUUUGGCCAUGAUUACGGUCUUUUCUAUGAUUCCUGGCGGCGUGCUGAGCGAUAUGAGAGGUACUCAGGGUCUGGAAGCUCAACAAUUGGCCCAGGGGUCCACUCAUCUGCACCGUCGCCUGAAGAGAGGCUGGAUCUGGAAACAGCUGUUUGUCCCAGAGGAAGAUCCCACUCCUCGUGUUAUUGGCAAGCUCAAAUCUGAUUCUGACCGAGGCGAGUUUACCAUCAAGUACAUAUUAUCAGGAGAGGGUGCCGGAGAUGUUUUUGAGAUAGAUGAGUACUCUGGUGAGAUCCGGACAUUGAAGAAACUUGACCGUGAGGAAAAGGCCUUCUACGUCCUUCAAGCCCAGGCUAUCAACAGGAGGUCCAAUGAACCAGAAGAGCCCCAAUCGGAGUUUAUCAUCAAAGUCCAGGACAUCAAUGACAAUGUCCCUCAAUUUCAGAAUGAACCGUAUGUGUCCAGCAUCCCAGAGAUGUGUCCAAAAGGGACCACAGUGGCCCAGGUGACAGCCACAGAUGCUGAUGAUCCCAUGUUUGGAAACAACGCCAAGCUCAUCUACUCCAUCCUGCAGGGGGAGCCUUACUUCUCUGUGGAGCCAAAGACCGGUAUUAUUGUAACAUCUUGGCAAAACAUGGACCGUGAAGCCAGAGAGAAAUACCUGGUGGUGGUGCAGGUGAAGGAUAUGCUGGGCCUCAGCGGUGGUUACUCCACCUCCACCACAGUCACCGUCACCCUGACUGAUGUCAAUGACAAUGGACCCACGUUUCGGCACCAUAUGUACACCUUUGACAUCCCUGAAGAUGCAGAGGUGGGCACCACAGUAGGAAGGAUUAUGGCAGAUGAUGCUGACAUUGGCAUCAAUGCUAGGAUGGUCUACAGUCUGGAGGACCUGGAGGAAAGCUCCACUUUUACCAUCCAAACAGAUCCAAAAACACAGGAGGGAGUGAUUCUACUGGCAAAGCCUUUGGACUACGAAAAUAAGCGACGUUAUGUGAUGGCUGCAGAGGCGGUCAAUGAUCCAGUGGACACUACUUUUCUGCCUCUGGAGGAGUUCACGGACAGGACCACGCUGAAGAUUGUGGUGGAGGACGUGGACGAGCCGCCUGUUUUUCUCACGUCGGUCUACGAAUGGAAAGUUCCUGAAAAUGCAGCUGUGGGAACUGUGGUUGGCAGCGUUAGUGCCAGAGACACUGACACAGUCAACAGUCCCAUCAGAUAUUCAAUUGACAAAAGGAGUGAUACCACAAAAGCUUUCAAAAUAGAUCCAAACAAUGGGACCAUAACUGUUGCUAAAGCUUUGGACCGAGAGACUGAAAACUGGCACAAUGUGACUGUUGCAGCCAAGGAAACAAGCCAGAACCAUUUAUCCUCCUCUGUGGUGGUGUUCAUCAAAGUGCUGGACAUAAACGACAAUGUGCCAAGGCUUGCAAGAGAUUACCAGCCAUAUAUCUGUGAGGGGACACAGGCGGGAGAACUUAUUCAGCUGCUCAGCGCCGUGGAUCCAGACGACCCUGCCGAGGGACACCACUUCUACUUCUCUAUGGUCCCUGAGACACGCAUCAAUCCGAACUUCACCAUAAGAGAUAAUCAAGACAACACAGCUGGCAUCAUGGCACGUAGGAGCACUUUUACCCGCAAGGAUCGGACCCAGUACCUCCUGCCUGUGGUGGUGACAGACAGCGGCUCGCCAGCUCUCUCCAGCACCAGCACUCUGACCAUCAGUGUUUGCAGCUGUCAUCCCGUAGGCCAUUGUCCCACAGGGGGGGUGGAAGCCCUCGCUCUGUCUAUGGGGGUCAGCCUGCAAACUUUGUUAGGGCUACUGGUCAGCCUGGGCACAGUGACAGUGCUGUCAAUUCUAAUGCUGAUGGUGAGAAGACACAGGCGGAAACAGCAGGAGGGGCUGGAGGUGGAGGUGAAGGAGCUGGAGCUGCCUGAGACGGUGUCGCAAAAGGUGCUGUAUUACGGGGAAGGGAGAUGUGGAGGAGAGGACCUGGAUUUUUGCCAGCCGUCCAUCGUCCCGCUGCGACCCCACCCGAGGAGGAGGGAGAGGAGGCUCCGGAGGGAAGACAUCAGAGCUAGCAUACGGAUGUCCCUCCUUAGAGAGGAGUCCCACACCAUUGGUCCAGAGGAUGAGGUAUUCAGACAGUUUAUUCUGGACAGGCUUGCAGAGGCAGAUGAGGAUCCUUACGUGCCCCCGUUUGACUGCCUCAGGACCUAUGCAUAUGAGGGGUCAGGGUCUCCUACGGGGUCUCUGAGCUCAUUGGAGUCAUCUACCGUUGAGCUUGAACCUGAUCAACCAGCUAGCAACACCAGAUCUUGCUUGGUCAGACUUACCCCGUGGUAUGGGGCACAAGAUGAGGACACCAUCUUCUGA